AGGAAAUGUGUAAGGAGUCAAUCAAAUUCAAGAUGUUUCUGGUACGUAGCGGCUUGCUCGCCCUGUGCCUCGUGGUGGCAGCGCGCGCCGCCGCCGUCAGCGACUACGAGACCGCCAAAGCCGAGCUCGAGGAGUACAUCCGGAACAAGAGGAAGGACAUCGACCCGCGCUUCCGGCCGCUGUACCACGUCGCGCCCCCGGUGGGCUGGAUGAACGAUCCCAACGGGUUCUCGUACCACAAAGGAGAGUUCCAUCUUUUCUACCAAUUCUAUCCUUACGACAGCGUGUGGGGCCCGAUGCACUGGGGACACGUGACGAGCCGCGACCUGGUGAACUGGGAGCAGCGGCCCACGGCGCUUCUGCCCGAACGAGAGCAAUGCUUCUCGGGAGGCGCCAUAACGCAAGGCGACCAGCUGGUCCUGAUGUACACGGCCCACGCCGGCAGCGACGUGGAGCCCUUCUUCAACGAGACCCAGUACUUGGCCUUCAGCGACGACGCCAUGAACUUCCACAAGUACGAAGGCAAUCCGGUCAUAGCCAGAGCCCCGAACGGCUCGCCGGACUUCAGAGACCCGAAGGUUUGGAAGCACGGAGACGACUACUACUCCGCGAUCGGCAGCAAGACUUGGAACGACCGCGGCCUGGUGCUCUUGUACAAGUCCAAGGACUUGAAAGAUUGGGAGUUUCUAUCGGUGAUCGCGGAGUCGAAUGGAGAAGAAGGUUACAUGUGGGAAUGUCCGGAUUUCUUCGAGCUGGACGGCAAGUUCGUGCUGCUCAUCUCCCCCCAGGGCAUGGAGGAGCAGGGCGACAGGUACAAGAACACCAACCAGAACGGCUACAUCAUCGGCAGCUUCAGUUACGACACCAAUCAAUUCGUGCCGGAAGUCGGAUUCCAGGAGAUCGACUUCGGACACGACUUCUACGCGGCUCAGACGGUCGAGGCGAACGGAAAAAGGUAUAUCAGCGCUUGGUUCAACAUGUGGGGGGUUCCUCACCACGAAGCCGUGGACGGAUGGGCUGGAAUGUUGACGAUACCCAGGGAGCUAAGACUAGUCAAUAACCGCGUGACCAUGAAUCCUGUAGAAGAGCUUGUCAGUUUGAGAGACGGAGUGGUGGUGGACGGCGACGUUCGGCCGGACGCAGUGCUCGAGUUCGGCAAGGCCGUCGAACUGAUUAUUGAGAGUGACCUCAAUCAGAAAGUCGAUAUAAUGUUGGACGGGCGCGAGGGAGGCAACAGCGCGUGGUUGCGCUGGGACCCCGAGGUACGCAAGGUCGUAGUGGACCGAGGAUCAGGGGACGUGAGACAAGUGGAAUGGGCUCCCGUCGGUUCGAAGACGUGGCGUGUGUUCCUGGACGCGAGCAGCGUGGAGCUGUUCUGCGGAGACGGCGAGGUGGUGCUGAGCAGCAGAGUGCACCCGCUGGGCGGGUGGCGGCUGACCAAUCAGAGCCCCCAAACGAUCCAGCUCAAAGCUUACAACUUGAGAAGAAGUGUACCAGAAUAAUUAGUUUUGUAACUACACAUCGACCCAAAACAGUAUUACGACUUUUGUAUUUUUUUUCAGAUAAAACAUUUGUACAAAAUUUUUGAAAUAAAGGCUUAUAAAAAUA